AUGGCCAAAAGCACCGCUGAAGACUGUAGAAAGACAUUCAACGAAGUUGAACGAAAUCUCAAAAUUUUGGAAUCAUUAGGUGAAAACAUCAAUCACAAUCAUCUUCGUUUUAUGUUGCUGGAGAAAUUUCCACCCGAUCUAGUUUACGAAAUUAAGCUGAAGGUUAAUGAUGAUUCUAUACAAGAAAUCAGGAACCAAUUAGAUAGAAUUAUUACCGCAAAAGAGGAUGCUGAAAGGAUUUCAGGAAGAAAACGCACGCAUGAAGCAGAAGAUAGUACAGUCGGAACUCUACAUAUAAAUGUGAAACGUGCAAGAAGCGCAUAUCAACCCAAACAGCAGCAAGGUCCCCCUAAGAAACAAAAUCCUCAAGGAGGUUUUGAUAGAAGACCGGAAAGGAAGAAUAAGUUUGAUAGUAUUAAUAAACCCAAUAAAUGGAACAGACCAAAACAAACUCCGACUUCUAACAAGGAUCAACCAGAACCUCAGCAGGGCUCUUCGAAGGGGAGAACAGCGUGGACAUGCAUCUUUUGCAAAGGUGAUCAUUACAAUGAUAAGUGCUCUGAAGCUACUACCUUAGCAGAAAGAAAGAAACGACUUGGAAAGAAAUGCUUCAUGUGUUUGAAGUUAGGCCACUUUAUAAAAGACUGCAAGAACAAACAAGAAUACUGCAAUGAAGAAACAGUCCUGACGGUUCUAGGAAAGGGAUUCACUACUCUUCAAACUUCUGUUGUUAGGGCUAACCCCCUAGAUGAUAAAAAUAAACAAUAUAAAUAUAGACUUCUUUUAGAUCCAGGCUCUCAGCGCUCCUAUGUCACAUUUCAAACUGCCAAGGAAUUGAAGCUUCCCAUUGAAGAGGAAAGUCAUUUAACUAUAUUUACCUUCGGUGAAGAUCCUCCUAAAGAAAUACAUAGUCCAAUAGUUACUUUACAAUUGCUGUCAAGGACAAAUAAGAAGAUAGUUAUACAAGCCAACUGCGUUGAACGUAUUUCAAGAGGAUACAUACCCACUGUCAAGUUGAAGGACUUACCGGAGUCAUAUAUACUAGCGGAUGACGGCUCGCUAAGCGGACAGGUGCAGAUUCUGGUUGGAAACGAGUACUACUUCAACCUAAUUUACGAGAAGAAAAUACAAUUGGGUAGUAACCUGUUCCUGGUCGAUUCUGCCCUUGGUUGGAUAAUAAGUGGUAGAACAGAACCACAGCUUAGUGACGAGCCCUAUGUAGUGACUUACGCUCAGACUUGUAUAGAAACGAAGCUUCAUCAACCUGACCCACCCCUUUGUGAUGGAGACAUAAAGAGCCUCUGGGAACUAGAAUGUAUAGGUAUUAGUGAUUCACCGAAAGCAACUAGAGAAGAAGAAGCAAUCAAGUAUUUUAAUAAUACCACUCUAAAAUUAAAUAAUCGUUACACGGUAAGCUGGCCGUGGAUAACUUACCCACCGGACUUACCCAAUAAUUAUGGAAUGGCUUUUGGUCGCUUAUCAAGCUUAUUGAAGCGUAUGGAUCAAGGCACGUUGUUAUCAUACGAUGAUACGUUUAAACAACAAUUAGAUAAGGGUAUAAUAGAAGUUGUACUUGCUUCAAGAACGUCAACGGAUAACGUAGUUCACUACCUACCCUUCCAUGGAGUAUGCCAUCGAGGGAAACCUAUGAGAAUAGUUUAUGAUGCUAGCUCCAAGAGCAGCAAAGACACCAAGAGUCUGAACGAAUGUUUAUACAGAGGACCACUCAUGUUAGAAGACCUCACAGGUUUACUCAUUAAAUUUAGAACUCAUCAGAUAGGACUAACCUCGGAUAUUGAAAAGGCGUUCUUACAGAUGGCGUUACACGAAAAGGAUCGUGACGUAACCAGAUUCCUGUGGCUCAAAGAUACCUCUAAACCGAUAUCUCAAGACAACCUAUUACACCUUAGGUUUUGUAGAGUUCCAUUUGGCGUCAUUUCGUCACCGUUUUUGCUUAAUGCAACAAUCAAACACCACCUGUCUAGUGCGGAACAUCAACAAGUCAGACUAAAAGCAAAUGACAUAUAUGUGGACAACUUUGUUUCGGGUUCCAGCACUACAGAUGAAGCGAUGGAGCUCUACAGAAAUCUAAAAGGAUCUUUUCAAGAUAUUUCAAUGUCACUCAGGGAUUGGAGCUCAAAUUCUCGAGAAUUUAUGAAGAAAGUUUCUGAUACAUGUAAAGAAGAUAAAGUAAAGGUACUUGGUUUAGAAUGGGACAUUAAGAAAGAUACUCUUCAAUUGAAACCUAACUUGCAAGAGGAAGCAGUCACAAAAAGAGGAAUACUGAAGACUAUUGCAUCAAUCUAUGAUCCAUGUGGUUAUGCCGUGCCCUAUACUCUAUCAUCUAGACUCUUUCUACAAGGACUCUGGAAGGCUGGAGUGUCGUGGGACUCGCCAUUGUCAAGCGAACUAACAGAAGAGUGGAACGUCAUCAGACAGAACUUAGAAGCCAUUAGGGAAGUGUCAGUGAACAGAUGCUACAUGAAGACACCAGUGGGAAAAGGCUACCAACUUCACUGUUUCACUGACGCCUCCCUACAGGCUUAUGCAGCAUCAGUCUUUUUAGUCAACGGCUCGGGGAAAAGCUUCAUCAUUGGUAAAUCCCGUUUAAUACCAAGUAAAGAUCAGGAGAGUCUCAAGAUACCCCGUCUUGAACUAUUAGGAGUACUGAUUGGCAGUAGAUUGAUAAAGUUCGUUCUUAAAUUCUUCCAGCAGAAGAUAGCAAGGCAAGUCUUAUGGACCGACAGCCAGAUAGUCAUAGAAUGGUGUAAAUCUGACAAACUAUUACCACCUUUCGUUGCCAGGAGGAUAGAAGAGAUCAGAACAAAUAAAGAUCUGGAAAUCAGAUACCUUCCAACAGACCUAAAUCCAGCAGACGUAGGCACCAGACCCACCUGUUCGAGAGAGGACGGGGAGAAAUGGCUGAGUGGUCCACAAUUUAUAGUAGAAGAUCCGAAGACGUGGCCAACUACAUCCGGCAGUGGACCCACCAGUUCUCUCUUGACUGGGGAGGGUCUUGGGAUCCAAGAAGAUGAAGAACUGAUGGAAAUAGAUGAUCCAGAUAUACCUAAUGUUAACCCGGUGGAAACGGAAGAUGGCACAACUGCAAAAGAGAUAAUAAAUCAAGAGAAUGGUCAGAUGCCAGACAAUAAGUUUCAAAAAUUGAAAGAAAUUCAAUCAGAGUAUUUUCCUCUAGAAGUAGAGGGAAAAGUAACUAGUUUAAGUUUGAAUUUAGGCAUAUUUAAAGAUAUAGAUGAGUUACUGAGGUGCAAAGGUCGUAUGAAACACACAAACUGGUCAUUUGACAAACGCUAUCCUAUACUUAUUCCAAAAAAUUCAGAUUUCACCAACGAAAUUAUAAUAAAGACUCAUCAAGAAAAUAAACAUGUUGGAGUGAGUCACACGUUAGACAAGAUAAGGGAAACAUACUGGAUUCCACAAGCAAGAAGCCAAGUUCAAAGGAUCCUGAAGAAAUGCCCUGAAUGUAUGAGACAUGACGGAGGGCCAUAUAGACUACCGGAAACUCCUGCUUUACCGAAAGAGAGAGUCAACUAUAGUUCUCCAUUUACAUACGUUGGUACCUGGGACCACUUCUAG